GUGUCACUGCGUCGCCUCAGCUUGCGGCAGCUCGGCUCAGAAGCAAAAAAGGAAACAAAAAGGCGAAUAGCGGUGCGCGUGAGCCUUAAAAAUGUCAGUGGAUUAUUUAGGCGUUUAAAAGCCGCCCUUACUGAGCCGGCAAACGCUGGAGACGACGGUAUCGCGGUGCUGACGACAACAAGAAGCAUGGUGGAAAGACGGAUGGCCUGGCUGUGGAAGAGGAAGUCGGUGAUGGCGACGGGCCUGGUUGUGGCGGUGUCUCUCUUCGUGGUGGCUGUCAACUUCCAGUGGCAGCCUGCGCUGAGUGAGAUGUUGGGCGGCCGUUGGGCGUCGUCCAAGCAGGCCUUCCAGGCCUUCAUGCCUCACCUGGGCUAUGUCAGCAUCCCCAAACAGGAACCUCUGAAGCUGAAGUGCGAGCUGUGCAGCGUGGUGUCCAGCUCGGGCCAGAUCCUGGGCCAGGCGGCGGGCGCACUCAUCGACCGCUCGCCGUGCAUCUGGCGCAUGAACAACGCGCCAACGCGGGGCUUCGAGCGUGACGUGGGCCGCCGCACCACGCUACGAGUGGUGUCGCACACCAGCGUACCACUACUGCUACAGAGGCCGCAGCACUUCUUUGGCGAGCACAACGACACUGUCUACGUAGUGUGGGGGCCGCUGAGGAACAUGCGCAAGGACGGCAAGGGCAUAGUCUACAACAUGCUGCGCCAGGUGGCCGACAGCUACCCGCAUGCUCGCAUCUACGUCACCACAGAGGACAGGAUGAACUACUGCGACAUGGUCUUCAAGAAGGAGACGGGGAAGGACAGGAUCCAGUCAGGCUCUUACUUGAGCACCGGCUGGUUCACUCUCAUCCUGGCCAUGGACAUGUGCAAAGAGAUCCAUGUCUACGGCAUGAUCAACGACACCUAUUGCAGGACAGAGGGCUACCGCAAUGUCCCCUACCACUACUACGAGGCGGGCAGCAGGGACGAGUGCGCCGAGUACCUCCUUCACGAGAGCGCCCCCUACGGAGGGCACCGCUUCAUCACGGAGAAGUCCGUGUUCGCCAAGUGGGCCAAAAGCCACGCCAUCAAGUUCUUCAACCCUCCCUGGCAGCUGUCCUGAUCUGCCAAGAGCUUUCAUCCUGGGUUCCGGGCGCCAUCCAUCGGUUUUAGGUUGUUUUUCCACAGACGGGGGAGGCUUGGCUUCUCAUUGAAGUCAUGCAGCAGCCUGCCAAAGACUUGUGUAGAUGUCCACAGGCACCAAACAUGUGGAGGAUUCAACUCGACCAAACAACAGCAUGGUCAUGGUAGCCGUCUCAGAACCACGUGAGCCCUCCCAGCCUGAAGGUGGAAGGUGGACACUCCUUCAAGUUUCAGGAUUCCAGCCUUGGAGGAUGUCAGCAGCUUUUAUUUUGCUUUUUGAGGUUAGCUCCACGUGUUGACUGGCUCAUUUAUCCCGCAGAGAUGUGCGCAAUUCCGAGCUCCGUCCUCACGGAGAAAAGGAGAGAAGGAAGGAAGGAAGCGAGCACUGAUGCCAUGUCAUCGUGCUUCAUCAUGUCGUGCCUGCACUUCUUUUUUUUUAUGUCUCGCUAGACUUUAUGCCUCACAUGCGCGCCCUGGAGGGAGCGGUCAGAAGGAGGGCGGCCCAGAGGGCGGCGAGGGCGGUGAUUCACGAGGCUUCACGGUCAGCCUCGCUGCUACUUGCGCUCAUUUCUGCUCCCUUUCAGCCCACUUGUCCUCCAAAUGUGAGCUUAGGUAAAAGUAUGGAAAAGCAAGCUGAGCAAGCUCUGCAUUGAAGGCAUUUUUCUAAAUGUCACACGCGAUCAAGGCAGUAAUGACGAUGUCUUGUUCCGUUCCUCUUGGCGGUAACUCCACAUUUGCUUCAUUUGGGUAGAAAGUGUAAACAUUUCACCACGAAUGAGUGCAAUCCAAAGCACAUUUAGCCACUAAGUAGCACAGUGGGACACAAAUCACUGCUCUGUGUUUUGCUUUUGUCGUUUGAAUCCACUCAUAUGCUAAUGAGGUUAGCAGGAAUGAACGUAGCACACACAUGAAUCUAGCUGCCAUGGUAACCUGGUACAUGCUGUAGCUGCAAGACGUGCUCUUGACUCACACUUGUGAACCCGCCCACAUGAUGCAUGUUCUUAGCAUGUAGCAACGAGGAGCUGCGUUAAGUCUUUGAUUUAUUGACAUCACCUACCCGGGAAAAGAAGACAGUAGCAACACUGGCGAGGGUCAGAGGUUGGAUUUGAUGAUGUCACGCUGCAUGUUUAUCACGUAUUUGCUGUAUUUCCACUCCCACAAACACCCUGACCGUGCAGUCAUCCGGCAGCUUUUACAUCACCUGACGUCUUCAGCCUGCGUUCAUGGUUGGCAGGCCACCACUAAGGUUAUUUGAGUGUGGUACACGCUGCUGCCCACAAAUGGCCCUCGGGCUGCGAUUUGGACACCACCAAAACCUUUGCCUCUACAACGAUAACAAUGCUGAUAUUUCAGGUAUUGAUGAACAGCAUUACAUGAUAAAAUAUUACUGAGCUUGUACUCUGCUUCAGACUGGAAGGUGUUUCUAACACCGUGGAACCUCGGGUGGUUUGGUCAUCGAUCCCUUCCAGAAGGUCUGACCAAAACCCAAUCCUUUUUUCCCAUAAGAAACACCCAAAAAUAUGAACACACAAAAAAAACGCUCCUAGAGAAUAAUGAUAAUUUUACAAACAUAAAACAAAAUGAAACACAUAUAAAUGAUGAAUGAAAUGUAUAAAAGGUCAUUAUUUAAGUAGACUAGCAAACACAGAUGGAUGCUGCUUCCUUCUAGUUGGUUAAAGAGUUGACUUUCAAGAGAUGUGUACUUGCUCACUUCAAAUGGAUUGGAAACUUCAGCAGCAGGUACAAUCAUCAUUACACACACUGGCCCGCUUCACUUGCUCUUAUGUACGUAUCCCUUCAACCAGUGAUCCACAACCCCCGGGCCGUGGGUCAUUUGGUACCGGGCCGCACAGAAAGAACAAAUAAUUUCCAUUAUUAUUAUUAUUUUUUUGGAUGUUUUAUUUUGAAAAGUGUCCGGAUUCUCUCUGUUACAUCUGUCCCACUUGACGCAUGUCCAUUGUGCGUGUGCUAACUUUAUCUCAUGCUGCACAGAUAGACUACUACUGUAUUUUUACCAUUUUUCUUUCACCUCAUAUUUGGUGUCAAAUGCUGAUACUAUGUGGGAAUGCAUAAAGGUAAGUUUUGAUGACUUACUGAGUGCUAAUGUGCACAUUUGUCUCAAGUUAAUUCAUGCUAGCGCACUGCCUUUUACCACACACGUCAAAUGAAAGCGAUGUAAUCAUCUCUCUGGAAAAACUCCAGAUGUUAUUCAUGUGUUAGUUUUACACAAUACACAAUAAAUAAGAUAAAUGAGAUCGCCAUCAUGUAUGACGACCCUCCCCCCAAACCUGUGUUGACUAGGACCCUUUAAAUUACAUUCCUGUUGGAACAGACGCUAUCUUCCUGCUUUGCUACCGCUUCUUUCGUGUUUCUCACCUUCUUUAGCAAACUUUUUUGUAGCCGUAUUUAAUAAAAACCCGCCUUCCUCUAUUCCUCUAUCAAUCAGAAAUAUGCAGUUCGCUUGAAUGCCUCAUCAGCACAGUGCUUUAAAGGAGGAAGGAAGGAGAUCGUUCUGUGUGCGUUCUAUGAACAAAAUAAACCACAUGCAGAUAAUAAAGAUGAUAAAGGAUUCCCUGUUUGGAAUCUGUCCAUAUCAGGGGUGACAAAACUUUUUCCACUGAGGGCCGAACACUGAAAAGACAAAGAAUGCAGAGGCCACGUUGAUGUUUUAUAUUUCGUAAACCUCUUGAGCUUAUGUAGAUAUGCUAAGAAGUUAAUGUGACAAAGCGUAUUGUUAAUAUGAACUUUUUCUCCUCACGAUACACUAUUUUGCUCAUUUUUGCAUUAAGAAAAUGCUUUUUUACUCGUAACAUUACUAAUAUCUAAUUAAUAUUAGACUAAUAUUAGAAUAUGUAAUUACUAUUAGACUUAUAUAUUAUACAUAUUGAAUUUUAUUAUACAAUUUUUUCAACCUAAUUGCACAUUUAUUCUUUGUUUUGUUUUUUUUCCUCAUGAUAAUAAUAACAUCCUUUUUUUCUUUAAUGUUUCAACUUUAUGAUUCUAAAAUAUUUUUUCCCUCAUAAUAUUACGACUGUAUUUUUGUGAAUUGACAACUUUUUACAAGAUGUUAUUUUAUCUUUAUUCCCCUCAAAUUUGGACAUUAUUCUUGUAAAAUCACUGCUCUUUCCUUUGAUAUUUGCUGUUGUUUUUUUUUUUUACUUUUCCUGUUUAAUUUUAUUUUUAGAACGUGCCAAGCGCAUUUUGGACACCACUGGUCUAUGUUGUCCCAACUCUAAAAGAAGCACUAACCAUUACAUGGACUAGUUUGUUGGCCGCACUGUUUGGCCGAGAUGAAGCUUUUAUUAUGUACUACAGUCUAUAAGAAGUAUGCAGUAUUAUGUGGUAGUGCACAUAAGUGAUAAAGGUACAUAUGCAGUCAUGAUGUGGUACUGCACAUAAGUGAAAAAAUGUAAAUAUGCAGUAUUAUGUGGUACUACACACAAGUGAGGGUCGUUUCUCUUUGUAGCUCAGCAUUUGGAAUGUGUGCGGAAUUUUAAAAAAGUGUGAAUUUGAUUGCAGUUAUUUGUUUUAAAUGCUCUCAUUAUUGUUUUUUUAGUUUCUCCCCAUGUUUCCAUUUUAGUCAUUUUUUGGUGUCGGUCAAGCACUUUCCGUUUUGUGUUGAGGUCAAGUGUCCUUGUACACGCUGAGUGUCAUAUUGAAUGUAAGAUUUAGGCUGAAUGUUUAUUUGUAACGCAGCUAACGUUGCCCCUUUCUGCAAAAUUAGCAUCACAGUACGACAUGUUUCAUGAAAAUAAUAAUAUUGCUGUUUGAUUCUAAUUGAAUGCAUUGUGUCUCCUAUGUAUGUUGUUUUUGGCCAUUAAAAGAAGCAAAAAGCGCUUGAUCCACGUGGCUUCUCAAUGUCUUCUAUAAAUGGAGCUCAAAUGUUGUUUGGUGUGAAGGAGAUGAGCAGGCCAGCUUUUAUUAUCAAGCAAAAACAAGACAAGUACUCGCCCGUCAUCCCCAAUCCUUAAGUGAGACAUGAACACACGUGUCUUUCUCUUUUCUGGGUUCUAAAGAUAUAAAAACAGAUAAAACAAGACAGCUCAUUACUGCAUGGAAUAGGAUCCACCUAUGCCGCCUACAAAGACCACUAUUAAAACACCUCCAAAAACCUCCAACAUGGUUUUAUGGUUUAUAUGCAUGCUGUGACCAUGUAGUAACAGGUACAUUCAUGAUACACAUGUAAUACUUACAG